AAAAAAACACGCACUCACACAGUAAACGCCUUUCCUUUAAAAACGUGCUACCCCCCAAGGGAGGUAUAUAUAUAUAGGUUUCUUUUGAUCAGAUUAGCUUCAAGGUAGUUCUGUAAACCUCUAUAAUUCAGCUUUCCUCUUUCUCUGUAUCUAGAGAGAAAACCCCUUUUCGCCCCGUGCUUUCUGUAUUCUCCCUUAGAGGCUGCUGGUUUCGGCCUCACCUUUUGCUGGAGCUACAUAUAUUUUAGGAUUUAAUAGAAAUGGAUGGGAUAAAGCAGUUUGAAAAGAAGAAUAAGGAUAUUCUAUUUAAAUUUGAGGUUGACUUUGAUCACAGUUAUUUUGAUCCUCCUUUUACUGCGGCAGGAUUUGGUGGAAUGUUUACUGUGGUAUUGAUAUUGUUGAGAUUCAUGACUUUGAUGGAUUUUGAAAUUAAAAGAAUGGAAUUUUGGACUUUGCAUACUAUUGGGCUACAUGACAUUUGCCUUCUCGAAAGAAAUUAUUAGUUGUUAUUGCUGCUUUCAUGAGUGAUAAAAUAUUGUGAAUAUUUUUCUUCUUUUUUUCAUUGAGAUAUGAUUUUUAUACUAAUGGUAUGUUGUAUUGCUGUCUGGAAUUGCGGUUUGUAAUUUGCAAGGUUAAAGAUGGUUUUGAUGGUAUAUUGUAGUGAAGCCUAGGCGGGCAGUCUAGCGGUUUGCUUCCUCUAGCUGGUCGUUUUGGUGCAAGUUCCAGUAAAUGGGCUGUUUUCAGUCUAAGGCUAGGAGACAGUUUCCUGGUUAUGAAGACCCUAUUACUCUUGCUUCCCAAACAGCUUUUACUGUUAGUGAAGUUGAAGCUUUAUUUGAACUAUUCAAAAGCCUUAGCAGUUCAUUGAUUGAUGAUGGGUUGAUAAGCAAGGAAGAAUUUCAACUGGCUUUGUUCAAGAACAGAAAGAAAGAAAAUCUCUUUGCUAAUCGAAUAUUUGAUCUGUUUGAUGUGAAACAUAAAGGUGUUAUUGAUUUUGGAGACUUUGUCAGGGCACUUAAUGUUUUCCACCCAAAUGCUGCACGGGAGGAUAAGAUUAAUUUUUCAUUUAAGCUUUUUGAUUUGGAUGACACGGGAUACAUUGAGCGGCAAGAGGUUAAGCAAAUGUUGAUUGCUCACUUAUGUGAAUCCGAGAUGAAGUUGGCUGAUGAGACUAUUGAAAUUAUUGUGGAUAAGACUUUUGUGGAUGCGGAUACUGACAGUGAUGGUAAGAUAGACAAAUCUGAAUGGCACACUUAUGUGACCAAAAACCCUUCACUGCUUAAGAUCAUGACGCUCCCUUAUUUAAGGGACAUUACUACCACAUUUCCCAGUUUUGUGUUUAAUUCUGAGGUUGACGAGAUUGCCACCUAGAUGUAGAAGGAAGUCAUUAAAGUAAAAUUCAUGUUCCUUGUUGGCUAGUUAUUUUUUAGAUGCAAGUCAUUAGGGGCAGCCAUUCACAUUGUAGAGAAGAGGGCUUAUUUGAUUAAUGCUGUGUUUAAUAGAUUUGAUUAAUGCUGUGUAUGUUUAGUCAGGAGGGUUUUGGGACUUUGGUAUUGUUCAUCUUUGCUCUCUAAUUGUACAGUGUGUUCUGAAUGGCAUUUUGUAGUCUGAUUUUAACCCUUCCACUCUAAUUAGUUUUUCUUUGUUUUGUACAUUUUUGCCUAACUUAAGUUCAUGCCGGUGUUCUCUGUGGCCAAAGAAUUGCUUGUGCUAACCCAAAGUAAACAAAAGCAGCUAGAGGGUAUUACUGUAAACUUGGUUGAUUUGUUUCAUGAAAAGUAGAGACCGGGGAGAGACUGUGCUUGUUAGAAUUACAUCUGAAUGUGAAUGGAAUUAUUCAAUGGUGCAAGUGCAACACUCAAGCGACCUCCAGAUUAAGCAAACGAUGCCCUAAAACUAAAUGCCUGCCAAAUAGAAUUAUAAUGACAUAUAGUUUCCAUUGCCCUUUAUACUGAUUAAGGAAUCAAGCCUCAAGCAACUCUCUACAAAAUGAUGGAAGAAGUCAAGAAGCCAUGGUUUGGGUAUGAAUUGAUCCCUUCUGUUAAUUUAGUUUACUACUGUGCAGAGAGUAAUUAUUAUAUUACAUCAGAAAAUUAAUUAACUCUUCUACAAAUUAUGCACUGGAUGUAAAAUAUAACCCUAUCUAACUGUACAAAAGCUAUACAUCAGGGACUAAAUGGAGAAACCAUCCAUCAGAUCAUUUAAAAAAGAAUGAUAAACUUCCUCUAUGAUCUAUGUUCUGUAAAUAAGCAGACGCCACAUUUUCAUGAUAAUUUUUCAAACUCAAAACUGCUGAAAAGAAAAAAUGAAAAAUGAAUUUGAGCGGAGCUGUUUGUGUGUUAGGGCUAAUUAAUUAUAUAAUCUGAAAUGGAAUGAGGGUCUGCUUUUUUUCACGUGAAG